GACAGAACGUGAUUUGAUUGGCUUGGGCGGUUCUUUAUUCCAUUCUCUUACGACAUUUGAUUCUGCUGAAGGCUCCAGUUUCGAAUUGAUUUGACAAUAUAAAUAUAUAUAUAUAUAUCACCAUGUCGUUUACUUCGAAGUAGUUUAAAAUCAACUGUCGGUUGCCUAACCCUUUUAAGCUGCCAAUAGUGCCGUACCGUUGCACGAUGUACUUCAAUGUGAACAAUUGAUUGAAAUAUAUAUUUUCCAUUUGUAGCCUUGUGUUGAAAUUACAUAAAAAAACAUAUAUAUAUAUCUAUAAUAACAUGCACAUACGCUUUGCACAUGUCCAUGGUGCACAUUCAUGACAAAUACGGUCGUGUGCAAGAGCUGCCAAUCGACGUGGGAACUCGACUUGCCGGGGGUAGGUGUCCGUCAGAUCUGCAUUUGCACGCUUUGCUCGGCGCAGUCGCGGGGCACGAGCAGCCAUCCCGACGCGGUCGGACGCAUGCGCCAAGUGUACGAGGAAGGGCAAGCCGACAUGGACAUUGCCGCCGCCGACGACGACGACGGCGCGACCAUGAUCACCGACAUCUCGUGCAGCAUUAGCCAGCACUUUGCUCCACAUGAUGAUACCAGCGACGCGUACAUCAACACCAAUCCAGUCAAUGCUGUGACGAGGGACCAGCCGCCCGAUCGAGGGUUGGUCAACAGACCCGACGACGGAGUGUCCACUGAUCCCAAUGUAUUAUCGUCAUCGAGUGAGCAUCGUAGCCGGCGGCCUUCGUUUCCGCCAUAUUUGUUGGAGCAUGGCGGGCGGACCAGCGGCGGCGGCACCACCUCGGCCACGCACAUGCCUCUUCCAUCGGUCUUGGUGCCUCGUCUUCCAAAGCAACAUCACCAGCAACAAGUACAUCCUCACGUACAUUUGUCAAGUUCGUCGCUUGCAUACCAGUACGGUGGUGGUGGUGCUCCUGAUACCCACGACGACGUGAUCUCCCUCGGGUCGGAAGAACGCUUUUCCCUCCAUUCAUCUCGACAAUACAAUCAUCACCAUCAUGAUCGAGUGUCCGCGGCGGCGCUGCUGGGAUCUGUGCGUCUAGGGGGCGGCAUGCCUGAAAUCGACCACGAGGAUCAUCAUAGCAGCAGCCAUGUUCAUUCGCAGCAUCGCAUGUCCCCUCCACGACCCAGCUACGACGCCAGUGUCGAUAAUCUCGUCAACCCGUCAACGUGGAAGUCUCAUCACCACCAACAUCAUCACUACCCGACGACCGCCAAUGCUGCGAGAAUAGAAAUUGCAUCCAACCAUCGAUUCGGUUGACGAACCCAUCGACGGUAUACACGGAAGAAUGCCAGAGGCGGCGGCGGCGACUCGUGUAUAUAUAUAUAUAUAAUACUGGAUAUUCAAAGUGCAUACCUCGGGACUUUGUUCUCUG